GCCGAAUACCCCGCGCCCCUUGUUACCUGACAGGUGGUGCCCAGUACCUACCUGCCUGCACCUAACCUUAUCAUGUGCCUUAGGUACAUCGGUACACACUGGUCCUUCUUCCCUAACUGAUCCAACACUGUCUUCACAACACUUUGUCCGAAGCCCAUCUUUUGAUUUUCAUCCUAAACCUUUCGCCUAGGACAGACGCAUCUCUUAUCCGUUUCCUCAAUAUGCCCCCCAGACACCAGACUUUGCCCCCAGCGCAGACCUCGUCCGCCCGCGCCGCCCUCCAAUCCUUCUAUUGCGAAUUAUGUUCCAAAGGCUACUCGCGCAUGAAUGAUUACGAGGCCCACCUAGGCAGCUAUGACCACAGCCAUCGCCAACGUAUGAAGGAUAUGAAGCAGAUGGUGAAGGAUCCUACAGCCGGUGCCCGCGCGAGGAAGGCUGAAGCUAAAGCCGAUGGCCUCAUCAGCAUCAAAUUAGGCGGGGAUCCGACUCUGGGUGGUGGUGGUGGUGGCGGCGGCGGCGGCGGCAACAGCGGUGGAGGGUUCAAGAAAGGCGGAUUCAAGAAGUCGGGUUUCAAGAUCGCAUUCACACCUGUAGGUGGGUUGGAGGGCGGCGGGGGCGGCGACGAGAAAGGCGGUAAAGCAGCAGACGCCAAUGACAAUAGCAACAGUGACGACAAGAUAGAGAAACCCAUACCUAGAGACCUGAAUGCCGAGAGCGAUACGGACGACGAGGGAUACGAGGUCUACAACCCACGGUUCCCAACCGACUGAGGCCGAGUCCGAGCCGGAGGCAGUCCCAAUGACAAUGGCAAUAACGACAGAGUAACCGCAGCUACGCCUACAACACGGAAGGUCGGGUCCGUAAGCCUAAAAACGCACCGAGGAGUUGAGGUCUGGGCCUCGUCCCUACAUGUCGUACUGGCGAGAACGCAUAAGAGGGUCCUACUUGCUGGUUUAGGUGCCUCUGUAGCCAACUCUUGUAGAUGUUGUAAGAACUACACCCCUAUACGUGAUAAUGGACGGCCUUACCGUCAGGGUGUGCUACAAUAUGCCGCAGGUCAAGAACGUGAGGCACACAAAU